AGCGGCAGACCGCCACCCAGUACGGACGGCGAUGGCGGCGGCUGCUGUGGUGGCGGCGGCGGUCCCCGGGCAGUCUACGGGCGCAGAUGGCGCGUCCUCUGUGCACUGGUUCCGCAAAGGCCUACGGCUCCACGACAACCCCGCGCUGCUGGCGGCCGUGCGCGGGGCACGCUGUGUGCGCUGCGUCUACAUCCUCGACCCGUGGUUCGCGGCCUCCUCGUCCGUGGGCAUCAACCGAUGGAGGUUUCUACUGCAAUCUUUAGAAGAUCUGGAUACAAGUUUACGAAAGCUGAACUCCCGUCUCUUUGUAGUCCGGGGACAGCCAGCUGAUGUGUUCCCAAGGCUAUUCAAGGAAUGGGGGGUGACCCGCUUGACCUUUGAGUAUGACUCAGAACCUUUUGGGAAAGAACGGGAUGCAGCCAUUAUGAAGAUGGCGAAGGAGGCUGGUGUGGAGGUAGUGACUGAGAACUCCCACACCCUCUAUGACCUGGACAGAAUCAUCGAACUGAAUGGGCAGAAACCACCCCUUACCUACAAGCGCUUUCAGGCUAUCAUCAGCCGCAUGGAGCUGCCCAAGAAGCCAGUGGGAGCUGUAAGCAGCCAGCAGAUGGAGAGCUGCAAGGCAGAGAUCCAGGAGAACCACGAUGACACCUAUGGCGUGCCUUCCCUAGAGGAACUGGGGUUCCCCACAGAAGGACUUGGCCCAGCUGUCUGGCAAGGAGGAGAGACAGAAGCUCUGGCCCGCCUGGAUAAGCACUUGGAACGAAAGGCCUGGGUUGCCAACUAUGAGAGACCUCGGAUGAAUGCCAAUUCCUUGCUGGCCAGCCCCACGGGCCUCAGCCCCUACUUGCGCUUUGGAUGCCUUUCCUGCCGCCUCUUCUACUACCGCCUGUGGGACUUGUAUAAGAAGGUGAAGAGGAACAGCACACCCCCCCUCUCCUUAUUCGGACAACUCCUGUGGCGAGAGUUCUUCUACACAGCGGCCACCAACAACCCCAGGUUUGACCGAAUGGAGGGGAACCCCAUCUGCAUCCAGAUCCCCUGGGACCGCAACCCCGAAGCCCUGGCCAAGUGGGCCGAGGGCAAGACAGGCUUCCCUUGGAUUGACGCCAUCAUGACCCAACUGAGGCAGGAGGGCUGGAUCCACCACCUGGCCCGGCACGCCGUGGCCUGCUUCCUCACCCGCGGGGACCUCUGGGUCAGCUGGGAGAGCGGGGUCCGGGUGUUUGAUGAGCUGCUCCUGGAUGCAGACUUUAGCGUGAAUGCAGGAAGCUGGAUGUGGCUGUCCUGCAGCGCUUUCUUCCAACAGUUCUUCCACUGCUACUGCCCUGUGGGCUUUGGUCGACGCACAGACCCCAGCGGGGACUAUAUUCGGCGAUACCUGCCUAAAUUGAAAGGGUUCCCCUCUCGCUACAUCUAUGAGCCCUGGAAUGCCCCGGAGUCGGUUCAGAAGGCUGCCAAGUGCAUCAUUGGUGUGGACUACCCACGGCCCAUUGUCAACCAUGCAGAGACUAGUCGGCUCAACAUUGAGCGGAUGAAGCAGAUUUACCAGCAGCUCUCACGAUACCGGGGACUCUGUCUGCUAGCAUCUGUCCCUUCCUGUGUGGAAGACCUCAGUCACCCUGUGGCAGAGCCCAGUUCUAGCCAGGCUGGGAGCAUCAGCAAUACGGGCCCCAGACCAUUAUCUAGUGGACCAGCUUCCCCCAAACGCAAGCUGGAAGCAGCUGAGGAGCCUCCUGGUGAAGAACUGAGCAAGCGUGCGAGGGUGACAGAGAUGCCUGCCCAAGAGCCAGCGAGCAAGGAUGCCUGAGACUGGAAAGCCAUUGCUCCGAGAGCAAAGCCCAGGUGCCUGAGCUGCCACGGCCACAGAGCGAAACCUACAGAGAAGCCAAUCACCAACAGACAGCGAGCAAGAGUGUGUGUAUGUGUGUGUGUGUGCACGCACGUGUGCUUGUGUGUGUGCAUGCACGCGGCGUAGUGUGCCAUUUGCGUGUGCAUGCAUCUGUUUACACUCUGGGCUGGAGAUGUCCGGGGAUCAUGCCUCCUAACCAGGGCUGCUUCCUGACCUCCAGACACAAGACCCAAAGCUGUCCCUGGGAGCCCCCUUCCUUGUCCUAGUAGGGUGAUAGGGCCCUAGCUCAAAUUCUGGUCUCUGCUGCCUCCCCAGACAACUCUUCCUCCCUCGUAUCUCCAGACAGGGAGGUAGAGGGCCACCUCUUUUGACUCUCAUCUGAAGCAUGAAGUUCCAGAAGCAGCCAGAGUCCUGCUGACUUAGUUCCCACUUUCUGACACUAGAACCUGAGCAGCUGGAGUAGCUGCUUCCCAUACUGACUUAAACAGUUGGACAGUUUUCUUUUGAAAUCCCAUGUCACUGGCAGGGCAGGCCCUGGGUGUCAACACUGCAGACUGGCUGGCAUGUUGUGUGCCCAAUCCUGCUUGUGCCAGCCUCAGAUGGCAUUAUCUGUCUCUGUAGGACCUUCUAAAAGUCAAGUGAGGCAUAGACCCCCAGUCUUCUAGCCCUUCCCUAACAGCUAGGGUCCAGUCUCGGCCUCCCAGGAGCUGUGGAUGAGCCAGGGUCUGAGCUGGUGGAGGAAACCAGGACCCAUGGCUUUAGGGGAUCCUGGCUCCUCAGGCCACACUCCUGGGCACGAAAUGCUCCAGCAAGUACUGCUGAUACCAGCCAGGCAAGCUGGCCAGUCUGUGCUCUAUAGGCUUCCGACCCCCUCACCCCACUCGCCCUGCACUAGGUGACACCCACACAGCCCUGUCACUGCUCCAGGACUGGGCCUCAAGGGACCCAGAGGGACUGCCUGGGGUGGGGCACUGCCUGGGGCAGUUGGCAACAGGUCAGGCAGAGAUCACACCUGGCACACCAUCCCCUUCCAGAGCAGCAGGGGAAGGUUUGGCUCAGAGAAGCCAAGCCUGCUUUCCAGGGAGCCCCCUCCCCCUCCCACCGCAGGGUCCUGUGGAGAAGUUGUGAAAAGAAGGAUCUGAGUGCAACUGAGCAAGUCUUCCUUCCACCCCAUGGCCUGCACUUGAGCCGUGUGUGUGUGUGUGUGUGUGUGUGUGUGUGUGUGUGUGUGUGUUCGUUCCUGUUGGGGUUUUUGUUCUCACAUGUAACAUUAAGCUGGCCUCUGGGCCUUUUCCUCUCUACCUCCCCUGUGACCUUUCCUAGCCUCAGAGUUGUUAAUGCCCUUGGCCCUGACCUUCACUGUGUCAGACAAGAACCCAAGAACCCUGGGGUCAGGUCCCCUCUCCUCCAGCUGUCCAGCACAUCUGACAGGCUUCUUUUUGAGAUGGCCUCAGGUUUUCUCAGCAGAGAGCUGCCUUUAGUCCAACUGUUUAUGUCCAUCGUUCUGGUUAGAAGCAUCCUGUGAUCAUGUGGAAGAAUGGGGCACUGGUGAUGUGUGUUCAGGGCUCUGGGCUGUGGCCUCCCUGCUCCCUAGCCCCAGGCCAAGAGGAAAGAGCCAAGGGAUCUUGCUAGAGGAAAAGCAAGGCAAGCCUGGAGAACUGGUCUGAAGAGGAUCAAAGGCUAGGUCUGGAUCCAGUAUUUAUUCUGCAACACCUUCAGCUAUGGGGGCAAUGCCCUUCUCUGCUUUUUUGAUGAUGGCUCUCUUCCCAAGGUACAAGUUGGCAAGAUCACCUGCCCUUCCAUCUCCUUGACAUGCUGGCUCAUUCCCAGGACAGCCUUCCAAUGAAUGAAAUGGUCUACCCCCAGAGCUAUGUGAUGGAGUGGCCUGGGGGCCUGGGAUGGCUUCAUGCCUCCUUCUGCCUAGCCUGAGUGCCCGUGAGGGCUGUCACAGAACAGUGCCCCAUGUCCUGCUCCUGGGACGUAGCAUGGGGAAGAGAUGGUCGCAGGCAAGAAGCACUUUAUGGAGUUCCCUAUUCCUGGGAAGGUUGUGUUUCGCCCAGUUUGUCUGUGAACAUGUACUUGUUUUAUAAAUGUCUGAUCCUGUCUGAGUAAA